AUGGGCACAGUUGUGGAUGCCACUCCAGCAGUUGUGGCUGAGGAGGUCACUGAGAACAUGUUGGGUGGCAAGAAAGUUACAGUUGUAUUUGUUCUAGGUGGUCCUGGAAGUGGAAAAGGCACACAGUGUGCCAACAUUGUGGAGCACUUUGGAUUCACCCAUCUUAGUGCUGGAGAUCUUUUGCGUGCAGAGAUUAAAUCUGGCUCUGAGAAUGGAACCAUGAUCGAGAACAUGAUAAAGGAGGGAAAGAUUGUUCCAUCGGAGGUGACUAUAAAGCUGUUGCAGGAGGCAAUGAUAAAAAAUGAAAAUGACAAAUUCCUGAUCGAUGGAUUUCCAAGGAACAAGGAGAAUCGUGCAGCUUUUGAGAAUGUUACCAAAAUUUCUCCUGCGUUUGUGCUAUUCUUUGACUGUUCCGAGGGAGAGAUGGAGAGACGUCUGUUGGGGCGCAAUCAGGGAAGAGUUGAUGAUAACAUUGAAACUAUCAAAAAAAGGUUCAAAACCUUUGUUGAAUCAAGUCUGCCUGUCAUUGAGCAUUACAACUCAAGGAACAAGGUUAAAAAGAUUGAUGCUGCAAAACCAAUUCCUGAGGUGUUUGAAGACGUCAAAGCCAUUUUUGCCCCAUAUUCUCCAAAGCAUUUCCAGAUGGAUCUUUAA